UCAUGUGGUGAAGUCAUAACUGGUGCUCUGGGCUGAGGAAGUGCUACACAUAUUGCAGCAAUGUUUUUCUGCUUCUGCUUGUGAAGGAUGGUGAAGUAAGAAUCGAGUGUCUUUGUAGUGGGAGAAAAUUGUUGCACUGAGCUUCAAACUGCACCAGGAAACAUGAUUUUCCUCAAACUCACACCCACAACUCGGCAACUUCUCUAAAUUGGACCAAAAGAAGGCUUCAGGAGAAGAAUGUUUAGCUUCAGGCUCGUCUACGUCUUCUCAUAUAACUUGCUCCAGUUCUGCGGCCACACAUGGAUACUGGCUAAUACCAUCGCCAGGUUUCUUAUGUUUGGUCAAGACUCUAGAUAUGCCUGACGACUGAGACCUUUUAACUGAUGCUUUGGCAGACACAUUUUAUUCUGUUGGCUUUGUGAUGAGUCUCUGCCAGCUGCUUUCCAUUCUGGAGCUUUUCCACAUUGCAGAUGGUAUUGAGAAAGCCAGACUCCUUCCUCGCUUCAUCCAAGUGUGUAUCCACAGUUCACUUUUUAAUGAGAUUUUACCAUCAAUCAUGUUUUGUUUGUUUUUUUCAACCCAGGCUCGGUUUGACUGUCUUUCUAUUUUUCAGGUUAUGGAGAAGAACCUUCUGUUGAUUAUGAUUAUCAUGCUGGAGGAGCUCCAGAGUAAACCAGUUGUGUGUGCGCAGUUCUUCUUCUGGAACAUUCUGGACCUCUUACGGUAUCCUCAUGAGCUGCUGUGUAUUAUGGAAAAACCCUCCACCACCAUGUUGUGGACUCGCUACUCACUCUGGAUCCCUCUGUACAUCCUGUCAGUCAUCAUCGAAGGUGUCACUAUCUACCAAGCCCUGCCUUAUGUUGAGCAAACAGCCUCCCACUGUGCUCCACUGAAUUCUACAAUAGCUCCAAACAUCCACCUUCCCUUUGUCCUGGUGCUGUACCUCCCUGUUCUCACUCUUGGGGCCUCUGUAACAGUUUGGCAGCUGCUGAAGGAGAGACAACACCAACUGGAGAAAUGGAACAAGAAGAGGAAGUAAGGUGGAAUGCAAAGACUGAAAAGGAAGUUCUGAAAAAAAAAACUAAUCUUUUUUUGAA